UGUUUGUUACGGUGAUUACGGUCAGUGUUUGUGUUUACAUGUACGUUUACAUUUACGUAACUUUUACGUAAAAAAAACGCGUCUCAGUUUUAUUACAAUAACACACAAUAAUAACGGAACAUUAGUGAAAUAUAAUACCAAUGUCUAAAUAUUCCGAAUAAGUGUGCUUAACUUUUUGAGGUUAGAUUUUAAGGUUAGACUUUCAAACGACUCAAAAGGAUCAUAUAUCUUUAUAAAAACUUAUUUGAUUGUUUGUGAUCAAUGGAAACGCAUUAACAGUCUUCCUUCAAGAUUUAAGAUAUGGCGGACUACUGGAAGUCUCAGGGUCGUAAAUUUUGCGACUUUUGCAAAUGUUGGAUCGCUGACAAUAAGCCUAGCAUCGAUUUUCACGAGGGUGGUAAAAAGCACAAGGAAAAUGUUAGCAAACGGCUCAAGGAAAUCCACAAAAAUAGUGCGAAGCAGGCGAAGCAGAACAGAAAGAUCGAGGACGACAUCAAGAGGAUGGAGAAUGCAGCUAUGGCUGCGUACCUGAAGGAUGUAGAGAACAACACGAAAGACAUGACCGCGGAGAGAAUCAUCAAAGAGAAAUUGAACCGGAUAGAAACGAAAGACGUGUCGCCGAAUUUCAAUCGUGUAGCAACAACAGCCACUACAACGCAACUUAAGCUUAAAGGUGAUAAUCAACAGUUCUCUCACGAAGUCGAUCCAUGUGAUCCAACUGUGGCGAGGCACACGGCGUCCCAACAAUCGAAAUCUCAACAGAGGGGCGACAACAAAAAUCAAGGGAAAAAUAAAGUAGGAAAGGGGAAAGGAAAGGGGAAGAGAAUUGCGGAAGACGAGCGCCCUGCAAAACCUGUUCGAAAACUUUGGUACGAAGCUCUCAGUCCCGAGGGAUACACAUAUUAUUGGCACAUCGAAACCAAUGAAUCCGUCUGGGAGCCACCAGAGGAGGGAUACAUGACGUUCGCGGAACAAGAAGAAGAAGCAAAGGAACAAGUGCUUCAGGAGGAAUUGUUGAAACAGUUGGAUGAAGAAGAAGCGAUUGCGAACGCGAACAUUCUCGAGGAGAAACGGGCAAAUGCCGAGAGAGAGAAGUUGAAGGAAUUGAGGAAGACACGCGGUGAACCACCGCCGCGAGUAGAAACCGAUGAAGAUACGAUAAAGACGGAAACUGUAACCGAGGAGGAAAGCCGGCCAUACAGACGAGACUAUAGUAUCCCGGUAAAAUCACAUCCGUAUGGUCCUUGGCAAACCGUUCGAAAGAUCGAAGUGAAACCGGUGGAUUUCCAACUGCCAGAGCAGACGCAAGUGCAGUUGCCAGUCUUUGAGAAAGCAGAGCCGCCCUCGGUGCAGAGAACGUUCAAAGAAAAGACCAUCACGCAAAUCCACGCAGCUGAUAGCGACGAUGAUGGACAACCAAUUAAGUUUAAAAAGCGAAAAUUUAGUAAUAAGAACGUACGGCAGAGAUUAACCGUCGAUUGAUAACGAUCGUGUCAAUGGUUAACAUCCAAUCGAAACGUCACACGUUUUUAAUCGAACGAGUUCUCGCGUUC